GCAAAACGCAGCACUUGCAUGGCUUCUUGGGGGGAGGAGGUUCAGGAGGUUGAAGAUCCUGCUGAAGAGCAGCUGCACGGCUCGUUUCCCGGACAGUUGCCAGGCGUCUUCUCCGUUCAAGGAUAUCGGCAAGAGGUGCUUUAAGUGAAAGAGCGGGUACUUGCAUUCUUAACGAGACCGUUACCUCCUCUGACAGGCUCCUGUCCUGGCCAUAGGCUUGCUAGAGGGGCUCUCUUCUUUCUUUUCCUCAGAGUAUGAAAACUCUUCUCGGUUUGUGAGGUCUGCAGCAUUCCAAUCUCCUCCGCUCGCCCAUUUAAUCGUCGAGAUGGCUUAUCCCUAACCUCACGAAGGAUCACCUGAUUGUAGCUGUUGCACAACCAGAGCUUCUAGAAUGCAUGCCACAGUCACCUUUUCAGCAGCCUGCAUGAGUAAGUAGACGGAUUUUUGGUUCAAAACAACCUUGCCUACAAGCUUGUCGUGCAAGAGUGCAGUUUUAUCGCUCAUUUGAGCCAUGGCAACUCAAUCAAAGAGCGCAGGCCCAGUCCAAACGCAAAUAGGGGGCCUAGCACAGCCCAGGCAAAUGGCAGCACAACCCCAAUUUCAGCAGAUGACAUUCGAUCACAAUCGGCCUGCGUUCGCUGCGCCCGAGGAGUACCAUCAGUUUCAGGAAGGGGGCCAAGGGCCGGGCUUUCAGCCGCAGGGGCAUCCGCAGGAGGUACUGUAUGCCCGUUUUCCGGAUAACAUGAUGCAGUCCCCGCCGGCAACAAGUCAUCCAGGGGCGAAACGCAUGGCUGUGAAGUCAGAGGGGGCGGACCAGGGGCUAAGGGAUCAGUGGGGGGGUGCCAAUGGCAUCGACUACAAUAUGGCAGUCACCCCCCUGCAGCAGGCGCCUCAGCAGCGGGGUGGGGGAAGGGGAAACCAGAGGGGGAGUGCCGCUCGCCGGCUCAGUACAGGGCCUGUGACUCCGGCAGAACAGAUGUCGUUUGGGUCACCUCCGAGUGCGUCACAGCAAACUCCCGGCAGCUCUUGCAGCAGAUACGACCAGUCUCUUGGGUUGCUUACGAAGCGCUUCAUCGACCUUAUAAAGCAGGCGGUUGACGGUGUCGUUGACCUAAAUAAAGCUGCUGAAACGCUGCAGGUACAAAAGCGACGAAUAUACGACAUCACGAACGUGCUGGAGGGGAUCGGGUUGAUCGAGAAGAAGUCGAAGAACAACAUUCUGUGGAAGGGUGCUGCGGGAACGACGACGGUCGAGUCGCUGGACGAGACGGCCCAGCUGCAAGCGGAGCUGGAUCACUUGCAGCAACAGGAGAUGGCGCUCGACGAACAGAUACAGAUGAUGCGAGAAAGGGUGGCAGCGUUUCAGGAGGAUGAGCACAGUAAACAAUGGCUCUACGUGACGGAGCAGGACAUCAAAAGCUUGCCAGGCUUCGAGAGGGAAACCUUGAUCGCGAUCAAGGCGCCGCCGGGGACCGAAGUCGAAGCGCCGAAUGUGGAGGAUACAGGUAACUAUCAAAUCAUUUUGCGGAGCACUGCCGGGCCGAUUGACGUCUACCUUGUGAGCCGUCACGAACCCGACUUGGAGGAGAUGCAAACGGAUGACGCCCACGGGGCGGUUGCAGAGCCGGCCCAGCCCCGGCCAGUAAGGCCGGAAGAGGGGGCGAUUCUGCGAGAAGGGGCGCUCUUGCGGGACGAGGCGGGAAUGGCGGAGGCGGCGCAAAUGCCCACCAGCCCGUCGCGGAUUCGAUCGCUGACGGCUGCUGAGGGGGAGGACGACUACUGGCUGGGCAGUCUGGACGACGGCGGUGUUGGCCCGGGGAUCGACGAGCUCUUUGAGGAAGAACCACUUGACCAAAGCUGGGGUGACCUACUUGUACGACCGGGGAGCGCGAUGGACAUCGGGACGACACUCGAUCAACAUCCCGACGUUGGCUGAGCCGGCAGUGCAUUCACCAGUGUUCUUUGUUUGUGACUGUACAGUAGACUCUAUCCACGAAGUAUAUACGUACGUUAUGUAAAGCAACUAAGGGAAGUUUCGAAAUGAGAUAAGAAGCCAGCAAAGUCAGAGUCCUGGGGCCUGCUUGAAAUGGAAAAGGUUGACACUCAAGAUCUCAUAGCGCUCCUGGAAAUCAUACGUCCUUUAAAGCCUUUCGAAAAGGUAAAGCCUUGCCCAAACGUUUCUUUGCCACACAGAAACUUCAGCACUGAGGCUUCGUUCAAUUAUGUAGUUGAGCCUACCAG